AUGUCAUCUGAGCAUCAGUCCUGUGAUCAAUGCAGCGUAAACCUUCCUUUACACCCUGGGCUUGUCUACACGGGGGAAAAGCCCAGAGUAGCUGCUGUGCACGAGCUAGUGUUCACUAGCUACUCUGUGUGGCUGCUCUGCCUGCUUGCUAACAGUGCUGCGAGUAAUUUUUGUUUUUACCGCUGCCUUGUGCCAGGCCGCGUUACCACGAGCUUGCCCCUGAACCGCAAGCCCUUCCUGAAUGGGCUGAAGGGGAAGCCGGUGACGGAGAAGCUGAAGUGGGGGAUGGAGUCCAAGGGCUACCUGGUGUCUGUCGAUGGCUACAUGAACAUGCAGCUUGCCAACACAGAAGAAUACAUAGGUGGUGCCUUGUCAGGCCACCUUGGUGAAGUUUUGAUAAGAUGUAACAACGUCCUGUGCAUCAGAGGAGUAGAAGAAGAAGAUGGAGAAAUGAGAGAUUAA